CUGUUAAAAACCCAAAGGACAGAUGAGUUAGUGGUCACUCCGCAGAGAGAGCCUCAGCAUUCACACUGAGAAGACCGCAGACAUUCAGACACUGUGAUUGAAUUAGGCAGUUUUUUGUUAGAUUUGAGAGAGAAAAAUAAGUCUGCAGCGAUGACUACUUUUGACGACAUUCUUGAAGAGGCAGGGAAGUUCGGCCGCAGUCAGAAGCGGAUCUUCGCCCUGCUGUGCAUGGUGUCCAUGCCCUGGGCCGGUGUCUACGUUGGUAUCGUGUUCCAGGGUUUCACCCCAGAUCACUGGUGUCGGGACUCUGCGGUGGUGGAGACGAGGCAGGAGUGCGGCUGGAGCCUGGCGGACAGUCGCAGGCUGACGGUGCCGCAGGUCAACAGCUCCGGAGCGCUUCAGCAGAGCAGCUGUGAGCAGUACGAGGUGAACUGGAACUCCACAGGACUCUCCUGUGACACACAAGAGCUGGACCUCAGCAAAACUCCGAGGACAGGCUGCAAAGAGGGCUGGGAGUACGACUACGAGGGAAGACAGUCCUUUGUCACAGAGUUUGACCUGGUGUGUUCAGAUGCGUGGUUGGUGGAUAUGUACCAGGCCACUCUCAACGUGGGCUUCCUGGUGGGGACUAUCGCCAUCGGUUACUUGGCUGACAGGUUUGGCAGGAAGAUGAGCUUCAUGAUGUCCAACCUGUUGAAUGGGAUCGCAGGAAUCCUGGUGGCAGUGGCUCCGGACUACUCGUCUUUACUGGUUUUCAGAACGCUCUACGGGUUCGGAGUGAAAGGAGGCUGGGUGGCCGGAUACGUGCUGAUCACAGAGAUCGUGGGGGUGGAGUACAGACGCACGGUGGGAGUCAUUUACCAGAUGUUCUUCAGCGUCGGUAUCCUCAUCCUCCCUCUGCUCGCCUACUACAUCACCGACUGGCGCUGGCUGCAGGUCGCCAUCACUGUCCCCUACAUCGUCUUCCUGUCCUACUACUGGAUGAUCCCAGAGUCUCCAAGAUGGCUUCUCUCUCAGAAUAAAAAGUCCAAAGCUGUGGAGAUCACUGAGGCCAUGGCCAAGGAGAACAAGAUGACGCUGUCCAAGAACAUCGAGACGCUGACUGAUGAUAACGCUGAAACCUGCACUGCCUCCUUCAUGGACCUGAUCAGAACUCCAAAAAUGAGAAAACACACUUUCAUUCUCAGCUACAACUGGUUCACCAGCGCUGUCGUCUAUCAGGGUUUGAUCAUGAGGCUGGGCAUCCUCGGAGGAAAUGUCUACAUCGACUUCCUCAUCUCUGGCCUGGUGGAGUUCCCUGCUGCCUUCCUCAUCCUUUUCACUAUUGAACGCUUUGGCAGGCGCAUUCCCUUCGCCUCCGCCAACAUCGUUGCUGGAGCCGCCUGCUUCAUCACGGCCGUCAUCCCUGACAGUAUGUUCUGGUUUAAGACUGUGGUGGCGUGCGUCGGUCGACUCGGCAUCACCAUGGCCUUUGAGAUGGUGGUGUUUGUAAACACUGAGCUCUACCCAACAUUUGUCAGGAACCUGGGAGUAUCAGUUUGUUCGACUCUUUGUGAUGUCGGAGGCAUCGUAGCUCCCUUCCUGCUCUACAGACUGGCUGUUAUCUGGCUGGAGCUGCCACUCAUCAUCUUUGGAUCUCUGGCCUUCCUGGCCGGUGGUUUAGUGCUCCUGCUUCCUGAGACCAGAGGUGUGCCGCUGCCUGAGACCAUUGAUGAUAUUGAGUUCCCAGAAAAAGUGAAGGAGAAAGCUGCACUAAGGAACCAGCAGCUGGACAACCUGCUGCCCAACAACAACGUGACGAGCAACAAGGAACCAGCAACUGUUUAAUCUCCUUUUGUGACCAAAGUAUUUAUUUAUGUUGUGUGCAGUGUUGCUUGUGGACAUUUCAACUUACUUUCUUUGAUUUUUAUUUUCUAAUGAGUUUUCGAUGUCUAUUUGUGACAAAGAAUUUUAGACUAAACUGCUGUAGAGUUCCUUUGUUAAGCCGUGGAGAUGAGUGAUGCUGGAUGACUUAUUGAAA